UUUGUCAAAGCAUUGACGGCCCUCCACAAAAAGCAAGCCAGGCAUAACUUUUGUUACACUGUUUAAACAAGAAUACAUUAUGGAAUUUAUACAUUUCAGAUUAUUUUUUCAUCGACCAGUGUGAACACACCUUCUGCUUAUGACCUUCACCUUACGUGUCACCAAUAUCGGGAAGUGAUCUUCACAACUCUCUCUGUUUGACGGAGAUGAUGACGUCCUGGUAUCCGUUUCAUAAAAACAUUGGAAGCUUUGGUGACUUUGCCAUGAUAACAUCUACCACGGUAACAGGGCUCAGCAGCCAAUAAAAAUCAAGGUUUACAUGGUAUUGGCCAGAAUUGCGAAGUUAUGAUAGCUGCAAACCCUGAUGAAACGAGCUUCUCGUUGACCCUCCUGAAAUUGUGGAAAUGGUUGGCCUGUUACCAAGGAAGUGCAGACAUUUGGACUUAUCAGCUUAUGAAGGAAUGGUAUCAUAUUUCACAGGCAUUAUUUUUUUUUAAUCGCGGAUUGUAUUACAACAUUUGAAGAGAAUGAGUCACCAUUGGUUUAACAAGAAAGGAAGAGGUUAAGCGAAACUUCCAGCUGGCAUAUCGUGACGGCAUUCAUUUUGUCAACCAGUUCAAUAAACUUCGGACUUCUAUUUCAAUUUGUCAGACGAAAUACAUGUGAUCAACACGGACUGGGGCAAAGCUGCAUUUUACGAAAACACAUUUUAUCGGAUUAUUGUAGAAAAUGGCCGGAGGUUCUUGAGCAAUAACUUUGCAGACUCAUUCUUAUAUAUGUCAGCCUCUUUUGAUUUGGAUUUAUAUUUGAUUAUGUUUCAAUUAAGGUGAAUAUUAUUUUCUUGAAUUCCAUCUUGCUGUCGAAGAAAUUUGUCAUUAUGGGAGUCUACGUGGAAAUUAAGUUCUCUUCGAUGAUGUUCAGUAUGUUACUAUGCUUCUGCGAAGCACUCGUAAACUCAUCGGUAUUCACCCCAUACGUUGUCGACUGUCCAAUUGUACCUCUACCGGAAGGAAAUUCAUUUUGCCAGUGUGACCCUCCAAACAUCACAGUUACAUCUGUCGACUUGCUUCCCAAAUUCGAUUACGUCACUUGCAAACUGACACAGGAUUUGAUCAGCGAAACAAAUCCAAACCCAUUCUAUUUUCCACGAUCCAGGAAGGUAUACGUUGACUGCUCCUGGAACAACUCUCUCAGCUAUCACGACCUCUUAAAGAGUGUGGAAAAAGAAAGUGGCGACAUUGCGGAGGAAGUUCAAGCCGUUGGCGAUAUCGAUUGCUUUACGCCAUUUGCCCUGACUGCAGACACAUAUGAACAUUUACCGGGUCUUCAGAAAUUAAACUUCUUUUUCGAGGAUGUGACGAUCGGGCCUAAUGCCUUUUAUCCCAUCUCGAACCUUGAGGUACUUUCACUGAUUCAUCUUGAUUUGAAGUCACUGCACCCGGAAGUGUUCAGAGGUUUGACACAUCUUCGGCAACUAAGUCUCUGGGACAAUGACCUUAGAGAACUCCCUGAUGGGAUCUUUAACGACCUUCAGGACUUGCAGGAUCUGUCCCUCACGAGCAAUAACAUUGUGCACAUUUCUCGUAACCUGCUAAGACCCCUUGAAUUCUUAAACAAUUUGUUUCUGAAUAACAACAACAUUUCCUCCAUACAUCCCGAUGCGUUUAGGCCUUUAAGGUCUCUUGAAGAAGUUGAUCUGUCGUUUAACAAUCUGGAUGGAAAGUUGCGACUAAGCUUCCUUUCGACUAGGAAGCUUUCCCUUUCACACAAUUCACUGACUUCAUUUACAGAGGAUACUAUUGUAGGUGGCCGGGGACACACUGCCUCAUUAGACUUGUCAUAUAACUUGAUAACGUCCAUUACCGAAAAAGUGUUUCAUACGAAUUAUUUGCUUUCACCGCUUUUGUCAGUGCACCUUAAUAACAACCGUCUCGAGUCAUUGCCAAAGAAUAUCCUACGAUGGGGAAGGAGGUUAACAGUAAUCGACUUAAGUAACAACUCUUUGGAAACUCUCCCCAACGGAUUAUUUGAUAUUCGGUCGAACCCUCUUGGCGAGCAGAGGCUGGCUGGAAAUCAGUUGGUGAUUAAGCUAAGUGGUAACCCUUUCACCUGCGACUGUCGUCUAUCUUGGUUUCGUCUAUACGACGGUCAGGAUGUGUGGAUAAGUGAUCGUGAUGACAUCGAAUGCUUUUCUCCACCAAACCUGCAAGGAUUAUCUUUAUUUUCAGUAAACCCAAAUCAGUUCGAGUGCCCUUUGGCGGAUUCGGUGUGUCCAAAACCAUGUAAAUGUUACGAAACUGUGAGUAUUAAAGGAAUCGAUCGUACACCACACAAGAUGAUUUUUGUCGACUGCAAAUAUGCAAAUUUAUCUCAUAUCCCCCUUGGUGUACCAAUGAAUACCACAUCAUUAGAGUUCACUGGAAAUACCUUGAAAACUCUUCGUGAAACAAUGCUGAAUACUCGUUUGUCAAUGUUAAAAAACUUGACGUUUUCAAUGUGUAACAUUGAGAAAAUAGAAGGUGGAUCAUUUAGGUCCAUGGAUUCAGUCUUGUCAUUAAAACUUGAUGGAAAUAAUUUCAAUGUCACAAAAGGGAUAUUCCAAGGAUUGACACAGCUUAAUACAUUAUAUUUAAAUCAUAGUUCCAUCAGAACAAUCGCUGAAGGAGUCUUUCUGGAUACGCCAAGUUUAACCCAGGUUUACCUUCACGGGAAUCUUUUAACCGUUCUUCCUGCCUUCCAUUCUCUCCCCAAAAGCCUCGAAAUAAUGAGCCUCCAGCAUAACCCUCUUGUUUGUAGCUGUAACUUGAUUGCAUAUCAGGGGUUGACCAGGUACACUCCGGGAGUUGUUGGUAACGCUACAUGUAAGCAGAAGGGUAACGCAUUCGUGACAUUAGGACAGGUCAACUCAUCUUACUGCAGGAAAGGCGGAAUAAAUCCAAUCCACAACGUUCUCAUAUCACUUGGAGCAAUAACCGGCGUGAUCGCAGUGGUGUUCAUGUGUUUUGUAAUCUACAAAAAGAACGAAACACUGAUCAAGCUCAUGUUACUAGAAUACUUUCCCGAAGACAUGUCGGAGGAGGAUGCAAAUAAACCCUUCGAUGUAUUUAUAUCUUACAGCCAACUUGACGAUGAAUUUGUGCUUCGUUACCUGGUGCCUCUAUUGGAGAACGAAGAAGAGGCUUCAUAUUCGAUCUGCCUCCACCAUCGUCAUUUUAUCCCAGGAGACACAAUCGCAAACAAUAUUGUCAGCGCCGUGGCACAAAGUCGUCGUGUCAUCUUGGUACUGUCCAAAAACUUCCUUGAGAGUGAUUGGUGCAUGUACGAGUUCCGCAUGGCUCAUCUUCAAGCGUUGCAGGAUCGUCGUAACGCGUUGCUCAUCAUCACUCUGGGAGAUAUCUGCGAAGACAGCCUCGAUCCGGACCUGAAGGCACACUUAAGAACUACAACCUAUCUCGAGUCAUCUGAUUCAAAAUUCAAAUACAAACUCUAUUUAGCUCUUAAACGAGGACGUUUAAGACGAAGAACAUCAAAUGACAUGAAACUAGCAGAUCUACAUGCUGAGUGACUUCGUCUCUUUCAUGGAUCUCAUCGCUUAAACAAUAUCAUAAACAACAUUGGUGAUAUACUUAUUGCAGCGUUUAAGAGGUGUUGGUAUGUAAGAAUUAAAUUUUUACUUUGUAUCUCAAUGCAUUCGUGCUGUAUAAGACUGUUAUCUAAAUCCGUCCAUGGUUGUCUAAAGAGUAGGUUAUUCUGAAAGUCAGUUCACGACAGGUCGUUUCUUGUUCAAUAUUCUGGGGUUUUUUCAGUUCGUCAUGGAAAAAACAUGGCUCAAAGAUACCCCGGUCAAAUGCUAAAUUUAUCUUUAAAAUACAAAUACGUUUUCCAAAUACAGAAUAAGACUUUGUCCGAAAGAGUCCAUAAAUACAGGUAAAACAUAGGUGAAGAGAACUUUAUUGCCGUGUGUAUUCUGGUAUUAGAGGAAUCAUUGUGAUGGAAGAGACGACUUUGCCCUACAUCAAUGGCAUCAGGUACGUGGGCAAUUUGAAUUCCUUAAGUGAUUACAAUUUGGGGCACAUCAGAUUAUAAUUGAUAAAUUCUACAUUGUCAGAUUUUAUUAGAAUCUGUUUCUGUUAUCUUCCCCUGUAACUCCAUCAAGAACUAAGUGUUGUUCUAUCGUUUUCAAACGUCUCCAAAAUGUGUUUUUUUUCACAUCCCGUUUUGUACGCUUUUAUAACAUGAAUUAAUAUAACAUGAUUGUGUUGUACUGUAUUGUAUUCAUUUUCCGUCAAUCAAAAAUAAUAACAAUGAUAUAUAUUUAUUUACAAUAACAAAUAAAUUAUCAGUAAAAAGACGUUGGGAUCGCCUUACUCAGCGUUGAUAACAUAUCAAUGGUGUUUUACAGACGUGACACAUACAUAGAUAUAUAUGAAACAUAUAAAGCAGGAAAGGAAAAGCUUAGUUGACUUACGAUGACAAAAUUAAAGAAAUGUAAAAAAAAAAGAAGGAACAUAUUUAUAAUAUAUUCACAGAAUAAAUCGUAAGAACUGGGGAUCUGAACUAAACGUUACAUAAAGUCUGUAAUUACAUAAAGUGUGGAAAAAAAUUAAGGCUUUUUUUAAUGCAUCGAUAUUUUCAAAUGAUCUAAUGUUAUGUGAAAGUAUAAUAUAAUGAGAUGUACCUCUGAAUUUGAUAGCGCGACAAGAAUAUUCUGUUUUGGGUAUGAGGAUAUUUCCAAUGCAACAUUUUCAUAAUGUUAUGUCUAACAUGUUCACAUAUUUUUGUAAAAUCUGAACUUUAUGCUUUUCAUAAAUAUAUGAUAACAUUUUCAAGAUGGGAAUUAAAACAU